AUCGGUUCUGUCAAGCAGUAUUUGAAAAUACUAGAAUGAAUAGAUGUUUAGAUAAUUUUUUUAUAAAUUUUGACGAUGCAAUAACAACAGUAGUUGAAUUAGGAGUCUCAGAUCAUAGGGGUCAACUGCUACAACUUACUGAAGAUAUACACAAGGCAGUUCCCAGUAGUAUCAACAGAACAAAAAAUUAUUCUGAAAAUAAUAUUCAACAAAUGUUACACUACCUUAUAAAUGAAAAAUGGGAAAACGUUUUUGAAAGCUCAACUGCAGAUGAAAAAUAUUCAGCUUUUAUUUCAACUUUCGGCUAUUUCCAUAAUAUAUGUUUCACUUCAAAAAAUGCAAGACCGUCUAUCAGGUCAACAUCACACUGGCUGACACCAGAAAUUCAUGAUGCAAAAAACAGAUUAAUGUUCCUACACUCUUGGCAGAAACAACAUCCAACUUCUGAAAACUCGAAAAUAUAUAAUGACUAUAAAAAGAAUUAUUACAAACUGUUGGACAGUACCAAACGUACACUG